AAUAGACAACCACCUUCUUUCUUCGGACAAGUCGUCGAUACAUACUAUGUUCCCAAAAUUAUUUCAUUGGAUUGUUGGAAAACCACAACCUUCUCAUUACCAGCUGGGCAACUCUCAACGGUCAUGUAUAUUCUGUGGGGCUUAUUCCACAAACCGCAGUGACUUUGACAUUGUGUGGGAGGAUCAAGAAUUUGUUGCCUUUCGGGACAUUCGUCCAUCGGCACAACACCACAUUCAACUCAUCCCUAAGGCCCACAUUGAAAGUAUCAGGAAACUUUCUCAGAAGGAUGUGAACAUGCUCCGGAGAAUGGAGGAAAUAGGUCAUUCCAUUCUUGAUACGUUCAAUGUACCGGUUUCGAAGCGGAAGAUGGGCUUCCACAUACCGCCGUUCGACUCAGUACUUCACCUGCACCUCCAUGUACAAUCAUUGCCAUACAUUUCGCUUAUAUAUCGGCUGAAGUAUCCGUUUGUCCGGGGCUUUGGUGGCUAUCAAAAGGGAUUCAGUUGGUUUGCUGAGAUCGGUCAAGCAAUACGGAUUUUGGAGAAAGGUCAUCGUGUCACCGUUGCACCAUGCUAAGCAUCAUGUAAAGCGAUGGUUAAAUGAAGAUGACGACCGCCGCUGUCGUGACGUGUGUCUUUGUCGCAGACCACUCGUACAUCCAACAGGACCAAGUUCUCAU